AUGGCGGCUGACUCCUACCUCCUUCAUCAGCUGCUGCACUACGACGCCACGAAGCUCCAUGUGGUUGUGUACUGCUUUGGAAGGGAUUUUGCAUACUUGUUUGACAAGAGGACACGAACGGUGACAAUAUACGCGGGUGAGAAUAAUAUUGGAAGAGCUAUGAUAAAUUUGGCUGGGAGUGGAAUGAAGGGGUAUAUUAUCAUCGAUAUGGCAAGACAACUUCAAGAACCAUCGAAUGAUGUUGUGCCCUCCCAUGAGUGGGGCAUCAUUAUGUUGUCGUCCCCGAACGAAGAUAACUUCAAAAGCAUGGGCGAAGCAGCCGAGUGCUAUCAAAAUCAUCAUGAAUUGCCCCGAUGA